AUGCGCCGCUCUAGCCAUUUUUUACCUCAUGCCACUGUUCGCAGCCCCAGUAGCGAACGUGAGAGUGUAAUGGGGAACUCUCAGACGCAAGAAUCAAACAAAUACGCUUCCGGUAGUGAUGAGGAGAAGUGCAGCGUCUCACCGGAAAGGUCCAAAGGCGAGUCAGUUGUUUUGGCACCAACGACUGCACUGUGCCGCUUUUUCGUGCUGGGCAAAUGUCGCUACGGUAGCCAUUGCACGUUCUCACACGCAUUGCCUUCACCGGCUAGCGAGUGUACCGAGGACGAGACAGAGAUUUUAUCGGCGGCGGCAGCACUGGUGGAGUGCCCUUUCUUCUUGCGCGGCAAUUGCAAAUAUGGCGAUUACUGCCGCUUAAACCAUAACUCGUUUAUAAUACAAGGUGCAGAAUCUGAAUCUAUGAAUCGUUUCGCUCUCAAGGCAGGUAAGGAAGGGAGCUCAGCACAUUUAAACAGCGUUGCUGCUGUUUGUGCAGACAAUACGACUCGUGGCGGUAAUCAAAGAGACUUUACUUGUGGUAUCUGUUUUGAUGACAUCGUUCAGUCUGGCAAGCAUUUUGGUCUAUUAAAUUGCGAUCACUGCUUCUGCCUGGAAUGCCUUCGUUCUUGGCGUCAGUCAAAAAAUAUGGAGCUGGAGGUUAUUCGUGCAUGUCCAGCGUGUCGUCUUCCAAGUGAUUUUAUUGUGCCAUCACUCAUCUUUGUUACUGGCGAGAAAAAGCUCAAGGUUACAAAGGUAUACAAGAGCCACCUUGCUCUACGUGAGUGCAAGUAUUUUACUGGCUCAUUUGGUAGCUGUCCAUUUGGUCCGCGAUGCUUUUACGCACAUCGUGACACUGAAGGUCGCGAUGUGAAGCAUUUGGAUCGCCCCAAACGAUCAACAAAGUCAAGACAUGUUCGACAUGACCGUGAAGGUGAAGAUGCUGCGUUUCAAUCGCUAUUACAACAAUACAUCCACCUCUUUCGCUUCUUUGGAGUUGCAGACUCGGACGAUAUUGAUUUGGCAGGUGGGUUAUUUCACUCGGAUGACUCAGAUGACGACAGUUUUGAGCUCGACUUUCUCGACAGCGCUAGCGACACAGAAUGA